AUGGCGCCAGAGUCAAAUGACAGACAAGAGACACAAGAAUUGUCUAGGCCUAACGGAGUUUGUAAAGAACAAGCACCAGAUGUGGAUGAAAGAACUAAAACAAGACAUCCGCGAUGGACUAGGCAAGAAACAUUUGUCCUAAUCGAGGGCAAGAGGGCUGUAGAGCACCGAUUUCAACAGAGCCGCAGAUCCACUUCAGCCUUGGGAUCAAAUCAGAUUGAACCCAAGUGGGAUUCGGUUUCAACAUAUUGUAGACAGCAUGGUGUCAACAGAGGACCUGUUCAAUGCCGGAAACGAUGGGGAAACAUGAUUUGUGAUUUUAAGAAGAUCAAAACAUGGGAGUCUCAGAAGGUUAACGAGGCUGAAUCAUAUUGGAUGAUGAGGAAUGAGUCGAGGAGAGAAAGGAAGUUGCCGGGUUUCUUCGAUAUGGAAGUUUACAAUGUCUUGGAUGGAAGGAUGAUCAUUACUGAAGCAAUUCCAUUGUCACAAAUCACUCUCAAGAAAGAAAUGGAUUACACUGAUAGAGAAGAGGCGGCAACUGCAGAGGAAGAAGAGGAGGAAGAACAUGAAGAAACCGAGGCAAUUUUUGAUAGCAAUCAAAGUGCAACAGCAGAAAAUGGUUUGUUUAUAGAUUGUGAACAAUUUGGACAGGAUGAAAUUUACUGGAGCUCCAUGAAGGAAACUGCAGCAAAUGGGGAUCUCAGACAGACAAAGGCAAAUCCAUUGCCCAAACCAUCAGGUACAACCAGAAAACAAAAUCCAGGAUCUAAUACAUGGACAGGAUCGAUGUCUAGGGAGGGGAAGAAGAGGCGAUUAUCAUCAGAUGAAUGUGAAGACACUGAUCUUGAGGAUAGAUUGAUCAAAGUUUUAGGGAGGAACAUGAACAUGCUGAAGUCCCAACUACAAGCUCAAAACAUUAAUUGCAAGCUGGAUAGAGAAGAAAGGAAGGACCAAAACGAUAGCUUGGUCAGUGCUCUCAAUAAGCUCACAGAUGCUAUAGUAAAAAUUGCUGAUAAGAUAUAA